ACUAUCCACUUUGAAUUUCAGAGGUAUGGUAUCUGUCAAAAAAAUUAAUCCAUUUUCAAUUUGAGGAACCAACAAACAAAUUCAAAAAUCAAAUAAAAUUAUGUUGUAUUAAAAUGGAAACAGAUGCCUCACCUCAAGAUAUCAAACCGACAAUACUCACAGUAGAAGAAUUGAACAUUGAAAUUUUGCCAGUAAUUUACGAAAUUAUCCGCAGUGUCGAAAAAGACCAUCACGAUAACACAGCUAAAACCAGAGAAUCUCACGAUUGCAGUCAAAAAGUUCUAGAACUACAAAAGCGUUUGGAUCAAGCCAGAGCAGACAUCCAACUUCUCCCAGGCAUAGAAUUCAGCAAAGAACAACAACUAAACAACUUGGAAGCUCUAAAAACCCAACUCCGUCUCAAGCAAGAGCUCCUGCAAAAACUAUUGGCCAACAAUGAACAUCUAGUCCAAAAACUCAGCGAGUCUUACCCUAUGCGAAAAGCUGCACAGUUGGUUGUAAGAGCAAUGUUUACUGGUAAAAAUUUCAUUGAAGAGAGCAAAUUGCAAGGCAAACUAAAUCCAGAACAGUUUAGGGCUCUUAUGAAUGAAAUUUCAGCCAACUUUAAGAAACAACUUAAGGAAGCUCAAGAGAAUUUGCAAAGGAAAAUGAAGCAGUAA